AUGGCAGCCAAUAAACCGACACCAGUACAGCGCCAGAAUGAUGGUUUUAAGAAGAGAAGACUCUCUCAUCCCAACAUAGUUCGAUUUAUGGCGGCUGCAAAAACAGAGUCGCUUGUAUUAAUAGCAAACGAAUAUAUACAUGGGGCAAGCUUGCACACAGUUCUUCAUGGAAGCGAAAACUCUGUAAUGCUGGAUGCAGAUGAAAAAAAUUAUGUUGCUUUAGAAAUUUCAAUGGCUGUGGAAUAUAUACACUCUAAAAACAUUAUCCAUCAAGAUUUAAAGCCAGCCAACAUUAUUAUCGAAGAAACAAGGAAAAAAGCCUAUCUGACUGACUGGGGUAUGGCAAACAUUCGGGACACAGUGCUACUUAAAAGAGGGAGUAAGAUUUUUCAGUGUUUAGUGGACCUAUCGGAGGAACCACUGUUUAUAUGGCUCCGGAAUGUUUUCUAA